AUGUUCAACAAAGCUGCUCUCCUUCUUGCUGUUUCCAUCGCGGUCUCCGCUAUUGCGGGUCCCACCGUUGCCAGUGCUCCCGCUGCCCCGCAUGCGGGCCUCGCUAUUCCUCUGGGCAGGCGCGCUGCUCUGACUAAGGCUGAUGGCGUCUUCGACCUCGACAAGGCCAUCGCCCAUGGCGUUGUUGUCGCCAACAAGCAUCGCAACAACCUCAUUGCUCUCCAGAAGAACAAGGGUGUUGAGGCUUUCAACGCUGGCGCUGAGAUCAAAGAACUGCGCAAGAUUCCCGUUGACGUUGAGGCGCGUCUCCAACAGGCUGUUGCCAAGCGUCAGGCAGAGGCUCUGACUGACGAGGAGGACGAUCUCGAGUGGGCUGGCACGAUUUCCAUCGGAACGCCUGCUCAAAAGUUCCUCAUCGACUUCGACACUGGUUCGUCUGACCUCUGGGUGCCCUCCUCCAGCUGCACUAGCAGCGUCUGCAAGAGCAAGAGUCGCUUCGCCGCUUCUUCCUCCUCGACUAGCUCCAAGAAGUCGGGCACCUUCUCCAUCCAAUACGGUGACGGUUCUACCGUCAGUGGCCCUGUUUACACCGAUACCGUCAAUGUUGCCGGUGUUGCCGCCACUAAGCAAUACUUCUCCCCCGUGACCACCCUUUCCUCCAGCUUCAGUGGCGACCCGAUCGACGGUAUCCUCGGUUUAGCAUUCCCCGCCAUCUCCAACCUGGGCCAAAACCCCUUCUUCUACACUGCCGAGAAUUCGGGCAACGUCGACUCCAACGUGUUCUCGUUCUACCUCGCCUCGACUGGUUCUGAACUCUACCUCGGUGGCACCAACCCCAGCUUGUAUUCUGGCGACGUCGAAUAUGUCCCAGUUGCCUCCUCGAGUGGUUUCUGGCAGGCAACUGGCGCCAAGAUCAAAGUUGGUUCAACCACUGUCGUCAGCGGAUUCCAGACCAUCAUCGACUCUGGCACCACCAUCAUGUACGGUCCUCCCGCCGCCGUUAAGAAGGUCUUCGCCCAGGUUUCGGGCUCCAAGCUCUUCGAUUCCACCAACGGAUUCUACUCAUACCCCUGCAACACCCCACCCAAGUUGUCGUUCAACUACGGCGGCAAGGACUGGACCAUCUCCGCUGCUAACAUCAACCUCGGUCAGACUACCUCUGGCUCCAGCUCUUGUGUUGCAUCUCUUGCUGCCCAAGACCUCGGCCUCGGUUCCAAUGUUUGGCUUCUCGGUGACUCGUUCAUGAAGAACGCCUACACCGUCUUCGAUGUUGAUCAGGAGGCCGUUGGCUUUGCCUCUCUUGCUUAA